AUGGCGAAGGCUCUCACUGCACUUGUAGCAGCACUCGUAGUGCUGCUUGCAUGUUGCCCUUGUCGGGUGCGAGGUGACGAAUCGCCUGAUGUCACGGCGUCGCUCGUCAGCUUCUUGACCGCGCUGGCCGGGGACGACGGCGGCCAGACGGCGAUCAGGCUGGGGUGGAACGCGUCGAUCAGCCCGUGUGUUCCCGGCAACAAAAUCUCGCUGUGGGGCAAAACUGUCCAGUGCUUCGACGCAGGUGGAAACAAUGGCCACAUCAAGAGGAUAGACCUUGAUGUACAGGGCCUGAACGGCACCAUCGACGCGGCGCUUCUCUGCGCCGCGCCGGCUGUCCGCGUGGUGAACCUUUACAACAACAGCCUGCGCGGCGGCCUCCCCGAGGGCAUCUCUGCCUGCUCGGGCCUCACCCACCUGAACGUCAGCGGCAACCAGCUCUCAGGUAACCUGCCGCCUUCCGUCGCCCAGUUGAAGAGCUUACAGGUGAUUGAAGUCUCCAGAAACAACUUCUCCGGCGAACUUCCCGGCGACCUCAGCAAGCUUGGGCUGGUGAGGUUCCUGGCGAACGACAACCAUUUCAACGGCACGAUCCCGGACUUCAACCUCAGCAACAUUCAAGGCCCAAGCUUCUUCGACGUGUCCAACAACAACCUCACCGGAUCAAUCCCCAAGAACGCUACCAGAUUCGGCCAAGAGAGGUUCUGGCCUAAUGCCGCUGGCAUAUGCGGCGGGACCUUAUUCGCUCCUUGCCCGCCGCCCCCUCCGGCGCCGAGCUCGGGCUCCGAGGCCGACGACGGCAAGGGCGAUGACAAUGACAAUGGCAAGGACAACAAGAAAAGAACGGCGCGUAAGAUCGUCAUGUACCUCGGGUACGUCCUCCUGGGUGCCGCCAUACUGGCCUUCGUCCUAUACAGGAUCUGCUUCAAGAAGAAGCGGAGCAAACUGGGGCUGAAGUCCAAGUCCGGCGGAGGCAGGAGGGGCGUGUACGACAGCAGCAGGCUGACGACGGCCACGACCACGACGACGGCCACGACCCCGAGCAAGACGCCGGCCUACUCGCUGCCGACGUCGGUCGAGCACAGCGCGGCCGCCGACGCGGGUGGCGCGCCGGCGGCCUCUCUGGUGGUGCUGCGCCGGUCGGGCACGGCCUCGAUCACGUCCAACGCCGCGGCGGCGGCGGCCAAGGAGCUGCGGUUCGAGGACCUGCUCAAGUCCCCCGCCGAGCUGCUGGGCCGGGGCCGGUUCGGGAGCUCGUACAAGGUCGUCGUGCCGGGCGGCGCGGCGCUAGCGGUGAAGCGCGUGAAGGACGCGGCGGUGGACGAGGAGGAGUUCCGCCGGCGGAUGGAGCGGGUCGGGCUCGCCAAGCACCCGGCCGUGCUGCCGCCGCUGGCGUUCUAUUGCGCCAUGCAGGAGAAGCUGGUGGUGUACGAGUUCCAGAGCAACGGCAGCCUCACCAAGCUCCUGCAUGGCUCCAUAGAGAACAGCCAGGGCCCCCUGGAUUGGCCGGCGCGCCUCCACAUCGCCGCCAAGGUCGCUGACGGCAUGGUGUUCAUGCACACCACCCUGCGCGGCGGCGGCGCGAGCUCCAAUUCCUCGUCAGGUGAGAAGGCCGCAGCCGACGCCCCAAUCGCGCACGGCAACCUCAAGGCCUCCAACGUCCUCUUCACGGCCGGCAUGGACCCGUGCAUCAGCGAGUACGGCAUCACCGCGCCGCCCUCGGCCGGGAGAGACAGCGCCGCGGCGUUCCGCGCCGACGUGUACGCAUUCGGCGUGCUGCUGCUGGAGCUGCUGACGGGGAAGGCGACGUCCGCGCAGGGCGACGGCGCGGAGCUGGCGCGGUGGGUGACCUCGGUGAUCCGGGAGGAGUGGACUGCCGAGGUGUUCGACCGCGCGCUGCUCGCCGGCAGCGGCGUCGGGUCCACCGAGCAGCGCAUGGUGCGGCUGCUGCAGGUCGCGAUGCGGUGCGUCGACGCCUCCCCCGGCUCUGCCCCGCCGCCGACAAUGCGGGAGGUCGCCAGCAUGAUCAAUUCCAUCCGCGACGAGGACGACAGGUCCUUCUCCUUGGAGGCGUGA